GGGCGGGCCUUGGUGACGUCGCCCUGGUUGCAGUGUAGCUGGUGUGAACGCAGACGGAGCAGCUGAGGAUGGAGCAGAGGGACAAGAAAGCAGCUGCCUCACAUCUCAUCAUCUCACCUCACUCGUGCAAUUAAGGAGCUUCUUUUAAUAUACACCGAGGCUUCUUCUUCACCUCCCUCCCUUCUUCUCCCUUUUUUUCUUUUUUGUUUUCUGUUAAUUUCGCCGCUGACAUCUGCUCACCGGUCCACUUCACCCAUCUGUCAACACACCGCCGGCUUCGCCUAUGUGUCAGUGGACGGAAAGAAAAUCCCGGUAAAGACAGCUAAACAGAAUUUCCCGCGAGGUUUCACACCUUCAGCUGGAACUGCCAGGUCGCUGGUAGAGUCGAUAUGGACGAAGACAAUCACGUCCCCGAGGAUCUGUCCGUGGAGGAGAGGGAUGAGCUGUCGAACAUCAGGCGGAGGAAGAGAGAGCUGCUCGAUGACAUAGAGAGGUUGAAGUUUGAGAUAGCAGAGGUGAUGACGGAGAUCGAGCAACUGACAUGCGUCGGAGAAAGUAAAACUUCCCAGAGAAACAAACAGAUCGCUAUGGGCAGGAAGAAAUUCAACAUGGAUCCUAAAAAGGGAAUACAGUUCCUGCUGGAGAACGACCUUCUCCAGCACACUCCAGAAGACAUCGCUCAGUUCCUCUACAAAGGCGAGGGCCUCAACAAGACCGUCAUCGGGGACUACUUAGGCGAGCGGGAUGACUUCAACAUCAAGGUGCUUCAGGCUUUUGUGGAGCUGCACGAAUUUGCAGACCUAAACCUCGUCCAAGCGCUACGGCAGUUCCUGUGGAGUUUCCGCCUGCCCGGCGAGGCGCAGAAGAUCGACCGUAUGAUGGAGGCCUUUGCUUCGCGGUACUGCCAGUGCAACCCUGGAGUUUUCCAGUCGACAGACACCUGCUAUGUGCUGUCGUUCGCCAUCAUCAUGCUGAACACCAGCCUGCAUAACCCUAACGUCAGAGACAAGCCCCCCGUGGAGCGCUUUAUCUCCAUGAACAGGGGGAUCAAUGAAGGGGGAGAUCUGCCAGAGGAGCUUCUCAGGAAUCUUUACGACAGCAUCAAAAACGAGCCCUUCAAAAUCCCAGAGGACGACGGGAACGAUCUGACGCACACCUUCUUCAACCCCGACAGGGAAGGCUGGCUCUUAAAGCUCGGCGGCCGAGUGAAGACGUGGAAGAGGAGGUGGUUUAUUCUGACCGACAACUGCCUCUAUUACUUUGAAUACACAACAGAUAAAGAGCCUCGUGGGAUCAUACCUCUGGAAAACCUUAGUAUCAGAGAAGUGGAUGAGCCGAGAAAACCUAACUGCUUUGAGCUCUACAACCCCAACCAUAAAGGUCAGGUAAUCAAGGCCUGCAAAACGGAGGCGGAUGGACGCGUCGUCGAGGGAAACCACGUAGUGUACAGGAUAUCUGCCCCCACCCCGGAGGAGAAAGAAGAGUGGAUCAAAUCCAUCAAAGCAAGCAUCAGCAGGGAUCCUUUCUACGACAUGCUGGCCACCAGGAAGAGGAGGAUAGCCAACAAGAAAUGAUGAUGACUCACCCUCAGUUACGUCAAGUGUCAGCAGCAUUUCUGUCAUCAGAGGAAUCCUUGUGUGUGUGUGUGUGUUUAAGAGUCUCAAAGGCGUCCUAUUCAUACGUUCUCCGUCAGCCCUGCGGGACAUGCAGUAAAACAUAUGGGACUAACGUGGAUCAACCCUACUUCUGUACUUCUGCCUGAAGAUUUGUCUGCACCUCAGUUCUUGGCUGUUGGGAAUUGAAGAUUUCAGUCUGCUACAAGCAAAAAAAAAAAUAUAAUAAAAAAAAGAAGGGAAAUUCUCACCACACUAGACGACAAUGGAGAACAGCAUGAGGACUUCAUGUAAUUGGAGAUAGCCAUAGCUGUAAUCAUUGGUCUUUUUCAUCAUGCCCUAAUGUGAGACUACCCCCUGCUGGACACAUAAGGUGCUGCAACACAUUGGGAGGAUUUGAAAGCUGAAUAUUCAGCUCCCAGCCACUCAGACCAACUUGUCUGGUCUCAGCGUUUUAUUACCUUCACCUCCUUCGACAACUGCCAACAAUAUUUUGUAGAUAAUUCGCAACUACAGAAAGCCUCAAGCUCAUCAGUCAGCUGGUCUGAUUGAUGUAGCCUUUAAGUGACUGUACCUGUAUAUGCAAACAUACUCAACAUUGGCUCGUACACUUCCAUUUACGAUAUUUCCUUUUUAAAGGCAAACCAAGUCGAGUGUAACGAAGCCUGCCAGCAGUAACGUAUCAUAUUAACUCACAUAGUGAAGAUCCACCUCUGCGAUCGUUUUUUUUGUAUUUAUUUUCUCAUGUUUUCACAAAAAAGGCAGCCCUCCCCCCGACUCACAUUAUGCAUGUAUAGUAUAUAAUUUACAUACUGUUUUGUUUUUUCUGUAUUGUGUUCACGUAGUGUGGAAAUCAUAAUGGCUGUAGCCUUUACCCGUUCAUUUUUUUUCUUUUUUAGUUUGACAGCUAACAAGUUUACAAUAGUGGAAGAGGGUCAUUGUGCAGCUUCCCUCACACUGUUAUUACUGAGGUUCAGAUAGUACAUGUUAUAUGAAAGAGCAUUAGGACAGAAACCCUUUCAAAAUAAGAUACUGGAAUUUGCUGGAAUACGUGUGAAUGCUCUAACUGGAAUCUUGAGGACCGUUUUCCCCAGACAGAUCAAACCACCCCACAAAGCCCAAACUUUCCUCACGGGUGCAGCUUUCAGCUCUAAGCACGGUUUGGCAUUUGUGCGGGAAAACGGCUCUCGAACACUUUGAUGUACACUCUGAAUAAAAAAUACAUGCUGAUAAGAAAACAGCUUUUUGCGUGCAUGUGAAUUCAGCGAGCAGUGCUCGACUCACCAAACUUACCAGGUCUUUGGUUAUUUCAAACAUGGAUACAGUGCUGUGAGUAAAUUAGGAGUGAGCUGAGCCCAAACAGCUAGAAAAGUGUUUGUAUGUAACAAAAACCUGAAUACAUAGGAGUGUCGUUAGUGGAUCUACAUUAUAAUUUAACCGUAGUGGAAGGUUUGUUCAACAAGUGUCUCAUACAGUCUAUUCUAUAUCAUACAAAAGCACACAGGGGCUUUAAAAAGAAAAAUCCCUGCAACUCAUCUCAAUCAGCAUUUUUUUCCAUUCAUUUCAAUGCAGCUUGUAAACAAAGUCCAAGACCAAGAACAAAUUACAAUUUCUGACAUUAACAAAUGUAUUUUAAGGCGUUUACCUUAUACAAUGUAUAAAUUCGUACAUGCUAAACUUAAAGGUAUAACAGCAGUUUUUCUUCCAACUUUUGUCUAGAGUUGAAAAACAACCCAAAGCAAAGCAUAGUCACUGAAUUUUUGUCCAGAGAAUAUGCUCAAAAUUAGUUCAAAUACACAAAACAGAAAUCUGAGAAUCCUGAUACAGGAUUUGUUUUUUGUUUUUUUACAUAUAAAAGUAACUGAUAUUACAGUUCAAAAUUAAAUUCACAGUAUUUUUUUUGACGCUAGACGACAAACCGUAUCUUUAAAAAAGAAAAGGAAAAAAAAGUGGUCCACCACCAUGACAGCAAGUGUGGUGCUUCUUUUAGUUUGAAUGUUUAUAUAAAAAAAAAAAAAAAAAAAAAAA